AUGGAUCAGAAUCCGGAACUAGGUUUGGUCAAGGAGGACGUGGUCUCCCUCUUCAAGAAGGGGCCCAAGAUGGGCAAUCUUGUGUGGUGGGUCUGCUCAUUCAGACCAAUCACCCACAAGACCUUGGUAGGCAAGAGCCUUUUCGUCGGUCUCUCCGGGUGUAGGGUAGUCGAGUACUUCGAUGUGAAUAGUUGUUUCAAGUGCCAGGGCUUUGGUCACAUGGCAAUACGUUACAAGGCUUUGGAGCACACUUUCGAGCGUUGCGCGGCUAAGGGCCAUCGGGCCAUAAACUGCAAGGACGCGCCGGUAAAGUGCGCAAACUGUGGCCUGGCUGCUCUGUCAGGCCACAAGGAUUGUUCAGCUCUGCACAAGGCAAGCAUCAGGGUCGCCCUAAUAUCGAUUUUGGCUCGAAAUUAUGGAGUCUUCGACAUACUGUGUAGUCGAGUUGAACAUGAACGGGAACCAUCUCGUUCCUGA